AGUAAUCUUGAGUGUGAAAUGGGACUGGCCGGCCAGCAGAAGACGUUCGUUUUUGAACUGGUCUUCCAGGAGAGCUAUAAAUAAACAUCCUUCGCCUCACCACCUGUGAUUGUGAUCAGGAGAGCCGAAGCGCUGUUUAUAGCUCUCCCGCCUGUAUUUACACUCGAACGUACUAUCUGCAGUCACUGGCGGAGGCGCGGGUCCAGCAGAAGACAGAGGAGAAUCUUGUGGCUGUUUGUUUGUGUACGUCUAUUUGUUGAACAUGGAAGCCACUUCUGACAAUGGCAUUAAUAAGAGGGGUGGCAGAAGCCUGAGUGGUUCCCGAGGCCGUGGACGAGGCGGAGGAGGCCGUGGCUUCCGAGGCCGUGGACGAGGUGGAGAGGGUGGUUUCCGAGGCCGUGGACGAGGAGGUGGAGAGGGUGGUUUCCGAGGCCGUGGACGAGGAGGUGGAGGGGGCGGUUUCCGAGGCCGUGGACGAGGUGGAGAGGGUGGUUUCAGAGGCCGUGGAAGAGGUGGAGAGGGUGGUUUCCGAGGCCGUGGACGGGAUGGAGGGGGUGGUUUCCGAGGCCGUGGAAGAGGUGGAGAGGGUGGUUUCCGUGGCCGUGGAAGAGGUGGAGAGGGUGGUUUCCGCGGCCGUGGAAGAGGUGGACCGCGAGGUGGCAGUGUGAGGCCUGAUGGUGGUAGUGCACAGCCUAAACGUGGAUUUGGACCUAGGGGUGGACGUGGACGAGGGGAAGGAAGAGUACCUCAAAGAGGAGGGAAGGUGAGGUUUGAAGAUGUGGUGAAAAAACAACAGUUGGCCCCUGAAGAUACUCGCAAGUCUAUAUUAAUAACAAAUGUACCAAAGGGAGUUGAGAAAAAUCAUCACAAUUUCCAACAAUUUAUUACCGAACAAGUUGGUCCAGUCAAAUCAUUAUUUUACCAAAAAAUCACCUCAAUGAAAGCUUGUGUGAUGUCUGCUACUUGCGUGUUUAGGAAGCCAUCAGAUUAUUAUGUAGCUUUGAAAAAGCUCCAUGGACAAGAGUUCCUUAAUCACCAUUUGCUUGUUCAAAAAUUCUUGAACAGCAAUUCAAAUGAAAACCUUAUUACUAAGCACUGUAUCAGAGUGACAAAUCUUCAAACGUGUACAACCGAGAAUGAUUUGUGGAACUUAUUUGAAAGUUGUGGGAAACUUGGAAUGGUCCAUUUGGACCGUAGUGAUAUUUCAAGUUCCACCCUGGAAGCCUUGGUUAACUUUGAAGAGACGAACUCUGUGGUGAAUUCCUUGAAAUUGGAUGGUUCUAUGCUACACAAGUCAAAGAUCAAAGUAGUGUACUUGGAUUGGAAGCUUAGUAUCAAUAUAUACAAUUUCAAAAAGACAGCUUCUCUUCAAGACUUUGAAACUCUACUCAAAGAUUAUAAUCCAAUUUUUGUGAGAUUGAGCCAAAAAAAGAAAAAGGGAAAUAGUGUCUUUGCUUCCUUUUCUGAUGAAAAGAGCUAUUCUGAAGCUCUGACUCUUAAUAAAAAAGACUUCCAUGGUCAUAAAAUUGUUGUCGAGCCAGCUUUGACCCACAAUGUGUUCAUGCUUAUUCCAUCAGAUAUCUCAAAGGAUCAAGUUUUUAAAGCUCUUAAACCAUUUGGGGCUGCCAGUGGAUUUAUUAAUGCUAGCAAAAGAUUUAACAUUAAGAAAAUUUCUUUUGAGUCUGAAGAAGGAGUUAUUGCUGCUCUUAAGGCUUCUCCAGUUUUAAUAAAGGGGAAAUUUAUAGAUAUUUGGGACCUGGAUUCCAUGGUUAAAUAUGAACAGGACCAUUGUGAUGAAGCAGAAGUGGAGGGAGAGGAAUCGCAAGAUGAAGUUAGUCAAUUGGAAGACAGUCAAAGUGCAAAUGAAAUUAAAAAUGAGGAAAUGGAAGAUGAUGAGGAUGAAGAGGAUGAGGAUGAGGAAGAUGAAGAGGAUGAUGAAGAAACAAAAAUUAAAACAGAGGAAAUGGAGGAUGAUGAAGAAGACGAGGAAGACGAACUUGACGAUGAAGAAGAUGAGGAGGGUGAAGAAGAAACACAAAUUAGAACAGAGGAAGUGGAUGAUGAUGAUGAUGAUGAUGAGCUUGAUGAUGAAGAGGAUGAAGACAGUGAUGACAGUGAAGAAUCAGACUUGGAUGAAGGUGUAGUGUCUAAACCUCCCAUUGUGAAAGUGCAGAAUUCGCAACUAUUGUCCCACAGUAACCAGAAAAGAAAAAGAAUUGAUACUGAUCAUAGUAAUAUCAAGAAAAGUAGAAAACUAUGACCCCAUUCCAUAGUUAGAAUACUUUGGUGCAAUGCUCAAAGGCAUCUGUGUGUCUGUAACGCUAGUUUUCAUGCCUUCUACCAAUGUUGUUGGUAGCCUCUACCUACAGUCCCCAAAUGAAUUGUAAAUUAUAUUUUUAAAUAUAUUUGUUGCAAGAA